AUGGACGCGGACGACGCUCGCCUUUUCCACGGCUUUUCGGCUCUGGGGGACUGCAAGCCUUCCAUGGGGCCGGUUGGAGACUCAGUGCCCAUGAAGUCAUGUGAGAAGUGCAUAUGUAGUUCCCGGACAAAUGCCAGCAGCCACCAGAACAUCAUAGAAUGUCAGCCAUUACCAUGUGACACACACUGCCCUGUGGGUUAUGAGUACCAGGUCAGCCCUGCUCAGUGCUGUGGACAGUGUGUCCAGGUCGGCUGCGUUGUCGCAUUGCCCAACUCCACACACGCAUUACAGCCUGGAACCCUUUGGAGUCCCGCUUGGAACCCCUGUGUGAAGUUUGAGUGUGUGAAGAUUGCUAAUCACUUCAUUACUGUUGAGGCCAAGACCAUGUGUCCUCCCUACGACCCAGCAGAAUGCAUACCGGGAACUGAGACCGUCGCUCCAGACGGAUGCUGCCACAUCUGUAUUCAGAGAGGUCACCCCUGCAGUGUGAGCAGCACUGCUGUGAUCGUGGAGAGCCAGGACUGCCACUCAAAAGAGGUCGUCAAUGUCACGUCCUGCGCCGGAGCAUGUGGAACCUUCACCUUUUAUUCUACCAAAAUGCGAGCUCUGCAGCACACCUGCUCCUGCUGCCAGGAGGUGGCUACGUCUGAGAGGCAGAUCCAGCUCUCCUGCCCCGACAGCACAGAGAUCAGCUACAGCUACACCCUCAUCGAGGCCUGCGCCUGCCUGGACACCGACUGCUCUGUGGUGCGCCGCGGGCAGACCUCUGCCCCAGCUACCAGCUCUCGCCGACGCAGGAGAUAAGGCCA